AUGUCAGAGCUCCAACAGCUUGCGACGACCCUGCUGACCGAUGUAACCCACUACACGCUCCGGGGCAACACCCCCGCUGGCGUGAGCGAAAACAGCCGCGCAGCGAUCAUGACAACGGCCCAGGCUAUCAUCAACCUUGUGCGGUGUGAUACACACUUGGAACCCAUGGACGACUGCGUCAAGAUCGGGGAAAUGGUUGCGAAGCAGAUGUUCACGCACGGAUUGGUGUCCUACGCCAAGCUGUCCGACUAUUUCCGUCAGUAUGGUCGUUCGGAGCCACGAGGACCAACGCCUGUGCCUUUCUCCUUCGCGUAUGGCCAGCCGGAGAAGACGAUUUGGGAUGUCGCUUACCAGGAUCCGGAGACGAAGCGGGUGUUUAUGCGAGCGAUGACGGCCAUGGCAGCCGUCUCUCCUGUUUGCGGUUUGUACGACUUUUCCUGGGUUGUGGAGGCGUCCAAGGUGGAUGAUGGCCGUCGCAUGCUGCUGGUCGAUGUUGGCGGAGGAAACGGCCAUGCGACGCGUUCCAUCGCGAGCAGUGGCCUGCCCUUGCAGCGGUGCGUCCUGCAGGAUAUGGAGGUGGUCAUUAACGAGGUCAAACAGGCUGACGAGAUGGGUGGGGUAAAACUGAUGGCCAUCGACAUGCGCAAAGAGCAGCCAGUUAAAGGUCCGUCCGGCCCGGCCUCUAUCGAGACCAGCUGA